AUGCCGCCAAUAAGCACUGGCUCCAACGGCAUGGUUCCUUCUCUCGCUAUACCUCCACCUGAUUUGAUUAGCAUGCCUCAUCCAGUGGGAACGCAGCGCAUUGCACCAUACGCAGUUCAGUACACAGGCUUUUCUGCGUCUGCUCUCGCACAUCCUUUACGAUCUUGCCACAAUACCAGUCAACCGCCUCCUAAUGGAAGAUUUGCUCAGCCGCCUCCUCCAUUACAGCAAGAAGCUCGUUGGGAAAAGGAAAUGUGCUCAGGAAUGCGGCAGCACGCUGCAAUGUUUCCAGGUUUCUUCUAUCUACUCUGGAUUAAUAGUAAAACUUGGACCUAUUAG